UGUAGCAUGUCCUAGAAAAAAAGGAAGAAAGAAAGAAAUAAAGAAAGAAAAAGUAACCAACUUUAGUUUUUAUCAGCGAUGGAAGUCCUUUCCCAGGUCUUUAGUGUCGUUAUCAGAUAUACCAGGAGGUGGCAGCACCGUCGCUUCCUCUGACGGUGCUGUUUGAUCUCCUGGCCACAUGAGGUCAGGCCGUGGAGGUGUAUUGUAGCCCACAUAAUGAACUUCACGUUUACGCUGUGACAUUAGCCAGCAGGGGGCGUUCACUGACAUCUGAUGAAAAACAAAAAUCGGUCGCGUCUCUUGAGUUCCUCAGAUCCAGCGCAAUCUAAUGGCGACGUUCCAGUGUUUAACGCCGAGCGGUCGAUUUUAGGAAGUGCACGGAGGGUCUGUGAUUUUUGUUACGCGCUCAGGACACCCAGGGAUAACUAGUCAUGUCACCGCGCAACUGCGCCUUGCUGUAGUAUACAGAGAGGGAACACUCAUGUUGGAGUCAUAACAGGGUGACUACCGAAACCUUCAUUUCAAGGAGAGACUGGGCACCAUGACGACAGAUGCCAUGGCGAAGGAGCCCACGACGACGGAAGCGCACGUCAGGCCCACAGAGCUGGUGCUGGUUCCUCUGCAGUCCUGCAAGCUGUGCCUGGGAGAGUUCACCCCCGACCACAUGACCGCCCUCACACACUGCCACUGCGCCUUCUGCACGGUGUGUCUGAAGCAGUAUGUGGAGCUCUUGGUUAAAGAGGGCCUGCAGACGGACAUAGGCUGCCCCGACUCCGCCUGUCCACAGCAGGGACUCCUGCAAGAGAGCGAGGUGAAGUUUCUGGUACCUACAGAAGUCCUGCAGCGGUAUCAGCGGCUUCGCUUUGAAAGAGAGGUGCUGCUGGAUCCCUGGCGCACGUGGUGCCCGUCCUCCUCGUGCCAGGCCGUGUGCCAGCUUCCGGAGGAUGGGGAGCAGGACGUGCUCUCCCCGCAGCAGGUCCGGUGCCCCGCCUGCAGCAGCGAGUUCUGCUCCGCCUGCCGGGCCCACUGGCACCAGGACCAGCCGUGCCAGGAGAGCGGCACCAUCACCAGCCUCCUCCCCGGCGAUAUCAGCCCCUACUGUAAGAGUGAGGACGAGGACGCGCCCAUCAAGCGCUGCCCGAGGUGUAAGGUGUACAUCGAGAGGGACGAGGGCUGCGCGCAGAUGAUGUGCAAGAGCUGCAAGCACGCCUUCUGCUGGUACUGCCUGGAGUCGCUGGAUGAUGACUUCCUCCUGAUCCAUUAUGACAAAGGACCAUGCCGGAACAAGCUGGGCCAUUCCAGAGCUUCUGUGAUCUGGCAUCGCACUCAGGUGGUGGGGAUAUUUGCUGGCUUUGGCUUGCUGCUGCUGGUCGCCUCCCCCUUCCUGCUCUUGGCCACGCCCUUCGUGCUGUGUUGCAAGUGCAGGUGCCGCCGUGGCGAUGAUGACCCGCUGCCCACUUAAAGGGUCAAAGGUCACCCUUUUAGGUCAAGGUCACAUCGGGACCACCUUAUCACAUCUUGACACCGCAGGAUCUGAGCUCCGCAGCGAGCAGACUGCGAACAGGAAGCAGGAAGCCAAACUCCUGUGCAGCUUGGUGGUUACCGUAGUUACCGUCUACUGUCCGUCAAGGAGCAACUGUCCUGUCUCUCCCUUAUAGAAGCUGCCUUGGUCUUUGACGAAAGGAGGGACCAGAGAGAGAGAGAGGGGGAGGGAGAGAACGAUAAAGAGAGAGAGGGUAGUAAGGGAAGAAAGCAUGUAGCAAAGAAUGAUGUCCUUGUAAAGGGGAGUUUUGCUUCAACUCUGUUAAAUUCUCUUUUCUGUUAUUCUGUUCUACGUGUGCUAAGGGAUGUGUAUGGUAUGCGCUCCAGCUAAAGACGGAGCAAAGCUUGUGUGUCAUUUGUCUUCUUAUCAUGUGAGUGUUUGGUGAGUCGGAGUUUUCUCUUUUUUGUGGAAUUACUGUCACCCCAACACCGUCCUCGUUAUGAUUAUUCCAACAUCUCUACAGAUGAUUUUGUGCUUUGUAUUUUCCACACAGCCGACACGUUCCUUUAAUGUGACGUGAGGUUUCAGAGAAGCACAUUCCUUAAAUGUAAGGUGAGGUUUCAGAGAAGCACGUUCCUUUAAUGUGAGGUGAGGUUUCUGUGAAGCAGUGGGUGGCAGGCAAUAUGUUUCCAAAUGCCAAAGCGGAACUUACCUCCAGGUCUGCACGCAGGCCACAACCCAACACAUCUCCAGUCUGCUGCAGUGACCAAUCACGUUUGCUCUUUCAUUUUAUCUACGUCAAACUUUGCUGGUCGGGAGUGGUGGAGCAGAGGUCCUUUAAAAUACUUUCCAGUAGCAAUCUGACUGGCUUCUCAAGAUGGCCGACAAAAAGGCCUGUAUGUCCUCACCACUUAUCUUUAGUCUUUAAUUAAUGAUAGCGCUCCUCAAUGAGAUCAAGGUGGCAAAUCACACGAUCCUACCUGGCUCGCUCAAACAGCUAAGCAGUGUGAUGCUUGUCCACUAGGGGUCAGGCUUGUAGCUCUCUGACCUGAUGCCUGGUUGUGUUCAUCAGUGGUGAUGGGACUGAACGUUAGUAGCAUGCAUCAGACCAGUAAUGUAAAGGGAAGUGGCUAUUGAACCAGAUCCUGGCAAAACACUGAGCUAUCUUCCUAAGCUAUGUUCCCCGUCAGACAAGGAAUUGGAUGUUGCAGUUAGGUAAAUGUCAAGGUCAUGAUUUCAUGGUCGUGAUGGUCAUCAUAAGUCAUGAUGAUUGACCAGGUAGCACCCUAGACUCUGCCCAGUAAAGUUUAAUUUAAGAAUAUCAAUGUAACUGAUGACAGCCGGUAGGUCAAAUAGUAAUUUUGUUAUUUUACCAACGUCUGGUCCAAUAGCCCACAUUACAAAUCAUUAGGUUAUGUUACUUGACUUGGUCUUACUGUAGCAAGUAAACCAGAUUUUGUAGUUUCUCAAGCCAGUAGAUUUGCUUUAAGAUGUGAUGCAUUACCAAGGACAGCUUUAAAAAAAAAAACAUCACUUUGAAUUAAUAUAAAGCUUAUUUAGGUUACAAUAUCAGUAAAAUGCCAGGUAGGACUGGAAUGUUCAAUAUCAAAUAGAAGUACUUUUUUAGUACUGAAUAGUAUGUCACUAUAAUCUGUCCAAGAGGUGCCUAACAAGCUUCUUUUUCAGCUUCACCAGUAUGGUUAGGGUCAUAGGUCAUAUCAUUGCCAAAUCUGAGGUCAUGGCCAAGUUGUGCAGCUCUCAGAGAUUCUCUUUCUUUUUGUUUCCUUUGAACAGGGGAAUACUAUUACUCACUGAGUUGAACCUCUGUAUUUGUAUAAUGUUUCUGUAUUUGUAUUAUGUCACACAUACCGGCCUGUUUUCUAUUUUGUAAUUUAUAUGACUGUAUCCUUGUCCCAGCUAAGAUAUAUGAAUGGUCUGGAUGGCUGGUACAUAAUACUGAUGUACUCUUUCAGAGGGUUUUUGUCUUGUAAGGUUCCUUCUGUUUGUAGAAUAAAAAUGUCAAGCAUC